AACGUACAUUGUUGAGACGAGAAAUUGAUUGAAAUUAGUCAGUUUUGGGAAAAAAGUAAAGUGAAAACAAUCAAAACGCUCUCAACUCCGUACAUCGGUUUGUUGCUCUCUGCCUUCAGAGUUCAGAGAAAAACAGCUGAGAGAACCAUUCCAUCAAAGUGGCCUCGUUUCGCGAUCCAUAGCCUACUCGGAGUCCGAUUCCGCGCGAGUGUUCGUUCAGUUCCAUCAGUGUGGCCCUUGCAUGACUUUCUCGGGAGCAUAAAUCCGUAGUAUCUCGCGUGUGUCCUCCUCUAAAGGCUCUAGUGGUGGUUUGGUGAUUGGAAGGAAGUGUUCCAGCAGCAGAAGCACCUUUAGAGGAGUGUGAGAGAAAAAUUACAUAAAACACGACCAAACUAAUUCUGGUGCUGCUUCUCGUUCGCCGCGGUCGUCAAAUUCAGCCGAAAUUUUUGUGGUGGCCCUUCAUCGAUAUUUUCGAAGGCUCAACCGUGGAAAAUAAGGAUAAAAAGUGAUGCCGUCGCAGUAAGCCUUUGUGAGUGAAGAAAGCGAAAAAAAAGAAGUCUGGAAAACCGCAGAGCCUGCUUUGGUGCGCGAUCGAUAAGCAGUGUAUUUUUUUUUGGGGAAGGCAAGAAUAGUGAGAUCCAUCAGAAGAACAUCAGUGUAGGAAUAUAGAUUUUCCCACAUGUCGUCGACCUACUCUGAUCGCGCGGUUCCGUGAGUAGGAGGAGUAGGUGCUCAAGGACCCCACUAUUCUUUUAGAAACCACUAACAAGGAGAAGAAGAAGCAAAGAACCAAAAAAAAUGUUGGACUCCUGAUACCCGAUUUUCAAACGCGGCCCCCUUUCGCUCUCUUGUUCUUGUUCCUCUUCGCCGUGUUGUUCCGCACCUGAAUCUCUCUAUGUCGGUGAAGUCGGUCAGAGAAAAAGAGCCAACAUAGCAGGCUGCGUGUGCCAGAAAGGAGCAGCUUUUGUAGCAUAGACCAAUGCCUACUUCGGUGUGCUGCUGAACUGCCGAUGAUGUGAAGGAAUUUUCCUUGGAACAAAAAAAAAUCUCUGCUUCCCUGAUCCGGAUGGUCAGAAGCUCUGCAAAUGCAGCUGACAGUCGCGUAAUCGUUUUCUCCAAUCAUUGACACACUGUCUUCUAGAGAUAUGUAAAAAGGAAGAACGAACAAUUCGUAGACAAUAGACGCAGCAAAACUUAAGGAUAGCACCACAGGGUUAAGCGCAGAGUAGUCAAAGUGGGGGAUCAAAGUGUGCGAGUGAAACAGUAGCAGCAGCACAAGUAAUACCUUCGAAACUGAAAAAAGGCAUCCAAUUUUUGAAGAUUAAAGAGUAAAUCUGCCGAAGAAACGGAAGUGAAGAACCGAAGAUAAUCUCCACGGCGGAAGAACUGCUUGCUGAGCUGGAAAAGUGCGAACCACAUUUAGAGACAGAGUGUGCGAGCGAGAGAGAAGAGGACAGAGAUUGUGCUGUGCCGCGGUGUUUUCCUCACGUCACGUCAGAUUGCGUUAGUCCUGCGGAAGGAUUCGCCUGCAUACUACUGUAGAGCUUCACGAGGCCGGAGCACGACGAGAGAAAGAGAGCGUGUGAGUUUGAAAUUCUCGUCGUCGGUGUCCUGUCCUGACAGCAGAAGCAGCAUGCAGAGUUGGGAGUGAAAUCCGCUUCGGAUUUUCGGUGAAGAAAGCACAAGAAACACUUACUUGAAACGGGCCAGGAAAAAAAAAAUCCUAGUGGAAAGUUAGUUUUGAAUGAGUGUUGGGAGGAAAAAAAUAAAUUUAGGUUUUCCUUCGAUCAAUCAGAAGCCUCAUUACGGCCACACACAAUCGAUAAUCGUUGUGAAGAAGACAGAUACCCAGUACGAAGGACCUUGUAUUUGAUUCCUUCAUAUUCAUUUGGUGCUAUGUAUAGAUUUUUUUCAUCCUCUUGAUAGUUCGGAUUAUGUUCGUUUUUGUGUAAGCUGCGGAUCAGCGAAGAAAAAAUUUGUCAUAAUACGAAACAAGCAAUACGGUCGACUGAAGUAAAGUAGUAGUGCAUUCCAAGGAAGAAUCGAAAACGAGAUCGUCCGUGUUUCCUAUUUGGGGCGUUCCGAAAGAGAAGUGUGAAGUAAAACAACAAUCGUCACAAAUUUGCAGAGGAAUCUCCGCAUGUUGAGAGUGGAAGUUUAUUUAUCUGACGAGUGUGAGUCAUUUGAAUCAAGUGUGUAAAUUUGCCUUCUUGAAGUUAUAGCCAAGAGAUUGAUAGGAAUAAAUAAAAAGGUGCAAACAAACUGGUGAUUAUAAGAAGAACAAACAAGAAGCGGCUAUUGAAUAAUUACACACAAAUUUGAGUGAAUCGGUGCAGAAACAGUUCAUCACGACGUCGACCAAAGGCAGUAGCAAGGUAUCACCGGCAGCAGCAGUAGUAGGAGGGGCAGGGUCAGCAGCAGGACCAUCUGCAGCAUCUUCGAAAGAGUCCGCAGGAGGGGGAGGAGGAGGAGGACGUCGUCGUUCCCGCAGUCAGGUACCAACGACCAAUAGUAGCGUCGGCGGAGGGGGCGGCGGAAGUGGUAGUGCCAGUGCCAGCCGGCGAAGCAGCAAAACGGAUUACCACCAAUCGACUCGGCGAAGAAGUCCUCCUUCUUCGGUCACUGACGAUUCUUCCUCCUCGCUACUGCUGUCGGUAUCGGUCGGUGGUCGCACAGCGGGGGGCACGGCAGGCGCCAUUGAACGGGAGCGUGAAAGCGGAGGAGGAGGCGGAGGUUCGGCCACCAGUCAUCAGCACCAUCCACAUCCGCCGGACUCGUAUGAGAAGAGUCACAACAUGGCUUCGUCCAAUCACCGAGGUAUACAGAUUGGCUCCGCUUGGUUCCAGCGAAAAAUCAAUCUGCGACCGCAGCACCGGGGCGUCCAUCUGGUGACCGAGGAAAUCCUGCGACAGAUGCCCGAGCUAGGGCAGUUUUCGGUCGGGCUGUGCCACGUUCAAAUUCUACACACAUCAGCCAGUUUAGCAUUGAAUGAAAGCUGGGAUCCAGACGUUCGGGACGACAUGGAAAUGAUGUUAAAUAAGAUUGUGCCGGAAGGACUACCGUACCGACAUUCCUGCGAAGGUCCAGACGAUAUGCCCGCCCAUGUGAAAGCAUGCUUUCUCGGCAGCUCACUGACAAUCCCAAUCACCGAUGGUAAACUGUCGCUCGGUACGUGGCAGGGCGUGUGGCUGUGCGAACACCGAGACCACGCCGGUUCACGCAAGCUGGUGAUAACGCUGUCUGGCUGCCCACGGGACUCCGCCCGGAGUCCACUCUCGCCAGUAUCGCCAAUUGCGUCUACCUCCAGUUAGGGACGGCCACGCUCUGCUCGCGAUAGUCGGUAAUCGUGGGUUAGAGCGGUGCUCUGCUGUAAGUUUCAUACUAAUAAGGGUCAUAACACUAUUCGGGGUAAACUCUAAGAGGAAGGUUAGAGCAAAGAAUUACCUAUACAUUAAUUACGUUAAUUAUAAAGUGAUGGCAGAGAAGCAGAAAUUAUUAAUGAGGAAGGGUACCAUUGAACGCAGAUUUUAAUAAAUCAAUAAUGAAGCAAAACGAACACGGAGCAAGUCUAGGUAAGACAGAAAACUUACUAAUAAAUCUAACGAGUAACUUAGAUACACGAGAAAAGAAGCGAAAGAAACAUCAAAAAGAAUAUUUAAUUUACAAUUUAUAUGAGGUAAUAGACACUUAGAUAUAACAAAAAAAAAAUAGAAAUCGCUAAACAAAUUUCAUAUGAAAAACGCAAUGAUAAUAGCAUUUAAGAUGUCUACUUGAAGGUUAUAAAACAUGGCGAGGGAAACUCGGAAGAUAAUUUUACCAGCAGAAAUAGGAGCAAAGAAUGUUAGGUUUUUAUUUUUAUGGGUUUUAUUAAACAAAACAGGAAUCGUAACACGCAGACAACUAGUAGAACUAAUGAAUAGCUGAAAUACCAAACCAGGUUAGAUGUAGAAAAGUGACGUUCAUUCUCUCCAUCAUUUUUUGUAUUGUUUUUAAUCUGUUUAUUUGGGUCCGAUGCGAUCACAAAGAGGAUUCGAAUAGGCUGAACCAAUGCGAACACACAUGCACAAACGUAAACGGAUAAUGAAACCGUACUAUAGAUUAAAUAGAAACCAAAACCAAACUACUAUUUUACACAACACAUCAUUCACACGGAGGCACGGAGAUCUUCAUCAUUCAGUAACCAAUUGCUCGCCAUACAUAGUAAAUAUGACAUCGUCAUUGAAGGGAAAAUAGCUUUUAAUACUAGAUCAGUUUGUACCUACAAUUAUCCCACAUUCACGUUCCUCAUUAUUAUUAGUUAAAAUGCUUUCGUUGAUUAAGUUUUCUGCUUCGUCAAUCAUGGGUAACGUUUUGUUUUCUCCAUCACGGGUACAGUAGGUACCCAAUCAUAGUUACUGUUGUUUUGUUGUUCGCUUUUUUUUAAGUUUAACUCUCUGAUAUAGUGUUUUGACGGAGCGACGUUGGCUGGCAGGCUCCCCCGCGUAACCCACUUUUAUGGAUUGUUUGCAAUAAGUGAUAAUCGCGAGUGAUAUCGAUAUUGUUUAGGGUCCUUGCAGAUGGCUAGUUAUUUAAGAUUAAAGUAAAAUCAUACGAUCGUUGAAUAAAUACGAGAUGCAAUUCUGUUUACUAUUAA